GAUUUGGACUGAUAGUUGCCAUCAGUCAGCAUCUGAUCUUCCAUUCUUGUCUUUUCCAAUUUCUGUUUUUUCUCCUUUCCCUUCCUUUCUCCACUCUUCUACUUCCUUCCACACUCCAAAGCACACAAAUCAAAUAAACUGAAUUUCCUUCGGUUCUUCUCUGUCUCUCAUGGAUGACCCUCCCAAACACCGCCUCCUAACUCUCCUAAACGCUCUCAAAGAAGCUUCCAAAGCCCUUCACACCAACACCAACCAUUUCUCCUUCCUCUCCCCAACAGAUUCCAGCGCCGCCAUUGACACGCUCCUCGACCUCGAAGCCAAGGCCCACGCCGUCUUGUCCUCCGACCCUAACCUCCGUAACCUCUCUCGCAUGCUCUCCUCUCUCCCAUCGUUAAUUGAUAAACACCAGAAGCACAGCGGCUACUUCCCACGAUCCCUCCUCCAACGCCACUUUACCAAAUGCAAGAUAUCCCACCUCGCCAGCGCCAUCCAAUACGAAAUCCAAAAGUACAUCGACCGAGUCGCCGUUCGCGAUCUCGUCGACGCGCUGCAGGAGCCGCCGUCGCGGCACGACGAAGAACAGCACCAGGUCAAGGCUCUCGUCGAGUUCCGCGAGAGGCUGUCCCAGGGCUUCGAUUUGGAGUUCCAGGACCUGGUUCUGCGCGCGAAGGUGUUCACGCUCUUGGAGUGCGUGCUGUUCGAGAAGUCGAAUUCGAGUUCGAAGAGCGUGAAAGAGGAAGCGGCGAUGACCAUAGCAGCGCUGGUGAAGUUCAACAAGAACGUGUUCGUAGGGCUGGUGCUGAUGGGCCCCACCAUCAAGGCCUUGAUAGCGAUGGGUUCCGCGUGCUCCAUUGGCGUUCUGUCGUCGCUGAUUAAUUUCAUACGAAGCCCCCUGGUUGAUGAGAUUCUGUGCAGCGGUGAGAUCCCUAAAAUCAUAGGGUUUCUGCGUUCGAGGGAAUUAGGGCUUCGCGUUGCAGCGUUGGAGUGCGUUUUGGAAUUGGGAUAUAUAGGGAGAAUGGAAGUGGUGGAAGCGAUGGUGAAAGAGGGAGUGAUUGAAAUUCUAAUGGACUUGCAAAGAGAGGGGUGUAGUGAGUGUGAGUGUGAUUUGGCGUUUGGGAAUUGCGUUUCUAGGUUUGCGAUUCAAGUGGAAGUGAGCGAGGGGUUAAACUCCCAAGAGAAGAGAGAGGUUAAAUCAGAAAUACUGAAUAUUGUGAAGGAAGUUUCGCAGAGUGAAGCAGAGUUUGCGACGGUUAGCGCUGAAAUUAUGUGGGGUUCUUCGCCGUAAACUAUUCACAUCUUCUAUUCAAUACGUUUCUCUGGGUUUCUACCAAAAUAUUUUUAGUUUAGUUGGUUCUGAACUGUGAGUUUAGUUGAGAAAUUAUUCGUGUGUGCAUAUCAGAAAAAUAAACCCAAGGAGGAUUUUUUAGCUUGUGCUAGAUUCACAUAUAAAAUCAGCACAUUUCACCUUUUUUAUUUCCUACAGG